CUCAGUAAAACAAUUCUUGCGAGAAGUAUUCGUGCAUAGUGUUAUUUCAUAUUUGUGACUUUGAAAUAUUAUUUUUGUCAAAGUGUACUGUUUGUGUUUACAUUUAAAAAAUGACCGAUCAAGAUUUGAGAAGCCUGGUAACGUGGCUAAACACUUUCGAAUUGGAAGCUCCACAUUCGACUGUGGAGGAAAUAAGUACUGGAGUAGCUUUAGCACAGGCACUUACCCAAAUCGCACCAGAAUGGUUUUCAACAUCAUGGUACUCGAGAAUCAAAUUUAAUGUGGGCACCAACAAGCAUAUUAAGAUUAGCAAUCUCAAGAAAAUUGUAGAAGCUGUGAUCGAGUAUUACGUGGAGUGUCUUAAUCAGCAAUUGAUUGGUUACGUUAAACCUGACGUUCAAAAAAUUGGCGAACAUUGCGAUGUUGACGAGUUAAAGAGACUUUUACAAUUGGUAUUGGGCUGCGCUGUCAACUGUCAGCAGAAGCAGCAAUUCAUCAUUCGAAUUAUGGAAUUGGAAGAGUCGGUACAACAGAUCAUCAUGCAAAAUAUUCAACAUUUGGAGGGAAAUAUAAAAGGGAGAUUGGCCGUAAAUGUUGAUUUCGAAUUCUUGGAUGAGAAUGACAGAACUCAGCAGAAAUUAUUAUUAGACGAAUUGCAAGCUGCUAAAGAACAGAACGAUCAAUUAUCUUACAAGUGUACCGCAUUAGAUCAGCAACUUUGCAUUUUACAAGAGGAAAACAGUACCUUCCACUCGCAAAAUAAUAGAUUGCAGUUAAGAUUGUCAGAGCUUCAAAAUGUAGAAAGUGAUGCUGUAAAGACGCACCAAAAAUUAUUUGAGGUUCAAAAGCAAGUAGAAAUGUUGAAAGAUAACAUUUACAAGUUGGAAACGUCGCGAGACAAUUAUUUGUCGAAAAUAGAUAUAUUGCAGAAGGACAGAAUAGAACUGCAAAGAAAACACCUGGAGUUUAAAAAAUCUGCGGAAGAGUCACGGAUUUUGAAAGACGAAGUGGACGCGUUGCGCGAAACUGCGGACAAAGUGCUGAUAUACGAAUCGACGAUUGAGUCUUAUAAGAAAAAAAUGGAAGAUUUCAGUAAAUUAAAGAAACAAGUGAAAAUUUUGGAAGAUAAAAACGCAGAAUUUUUAAGGAAUAAACUUGACUACGAGGAAGAAGUCAAAACAAAUAGUCUGCUAAAAAGUCACUUGGAAUUAUGUAAAAAACAGUUAACUGAAGCUUAUGACAACCUGGACAAGCAAAUAAAUAAAUGCGACAAUCUUGAAUUUGAAAUGAAGAAACUCGAAACUGAGUUGGACUCUGCUAAACGCGAAACAGAUAGAGUAAUCAUAGAGUGUAGCACACUGAAAGAAACAAACGAAGAGCUAAGAUGCAAUCAACUUAUUACAACGGAAAAUAUAAUGUACGUGAGUAAUGAGGAGGUAGUUGCCAGUACAGAUUUUAUACCACCAUCGGUCAAGAAAAAACUUGAGCUUCUUCAACAGGAGAAUAAAAUACUGAAGUUAAACCAACAGAAAAAAGCUGAAGAUAAAUUGCCAAGGCAAACUUUAUUGGAUGAUUCCGAGGAGAGAAUUAAUGAACUUAGAGCGCAAAAUCGAAAGGCUAAUCAUAAAAUCACGGAUUUAGAGAACAAACUCGAGGAGUUGCAAAGAAACCAAAUGUCGGAGUCGAUAAAAGAACAGCAGAAAAUCCAAAUUGUGCAGGACAACGUUGACCGAUUGCAAGCCGAGUACAAGCGUCUGACCGCGCACAGCGAGGAGUGCGAAAACGAAGUACAGCUGCAAAAACGACAAGUCAUCGUACUACAAGAGCAUCUAUUGAAAAAAGAACGAGAAUUGUCGGUUUUGGAAGAACGCUACAAGCGUUACGUGGACAAAGCAAAAUCAGUAUUAAAAAUCCUCGAUCCAAGAGAACAAGUUAGCAGUUUGAGUUUACUUUCUUUAUCCCAAUUGAGACAGAAGAUUAAUGCAGAGAAGAAACAAAUGAUCGAAAGUGCCAAACGAGCGAAAGUAGCGGCGCGAGACAGCACAUUUCAAGAGAAAGAAAAUAUCGCUGCUUUACAAAACGAUGAAAGCACGAAAGCUGUCAAAGCACAAGAAGAAAAUAUGAUGAUCACGGCAUUCUACAAUUUCGGAUUCACGAAGUAUCGGGAUAUCAUGGAUGAGAAGAUUCUGGCAAAUAGCGCCAAUUCUAAUCCUUCAUUUAUGACUAUGCAGAGAGCGCCUACUCCGAGGAAAUUGUCGACAUCUUCCACUGCACAGUUUAUUUGAAUCGCUCGAUAUUAUUAGAUAUUCAUGAGAAAUAUCUUGUAAAUUACAUAUUAUUGAUAAUUCGUAAUAUUCUUUAAUGCAUCAUUGUAAGACAAACCAUUGAAAUGAAUCAACCGUCGCAUCAAUAUAUUUUGCAUCUAAAAGUAACUAUAAAAUUUGGUUGAA